GCCGUCAGCCGGUGGUGCGCGCACGGCUGUCGUGUCAGUCCUGGAGCGACCUCUGCCUGGCCAGGCCCGCCCCCGCGUGUCACAGUCAUGGCGGCCUCUCUUCUGCUGCGGCAAGGACGAUCGGGGGCAAUGAAGACUAUGCUCCUAGACGCACGAGUGUUUCGAGGACUUGCUCCCUCAGUGUCUCUCUCUGCGGAAUCAGGGAAGAGCGAAAAGGGACUGCCACCAAAUCCCAAGAAGCAAAGUCCACCAAAAAAUGUAGUGGAACCAAAGGAGAGGGGCCAACUCGUAGCCACCCCAACAGCAGCUGAAUUGUCUAAAAACUUGUCUUCACCCCGUGCUCACCCGUCAGUUGUGAGUCCGGGUGGGCUGGUAGCUGGCCCCGGCCCCGGCCCCGGCCCUGGCCCCGGCCCCGAAGGCAGCAUGCUGUUCACAGCUGAAGGGGCUCCAGAGUUCCGGUCGCGAAAGACUGUCGUAGAGACGCCUCAGAAAGUUCCGUCUCCACUCAGGAAGCAGGGCACGGAUGCAAAAGCUCUUAGGGAGAGCAGGGGAGAUGAUUCAUCUUCAUCGUCCUCUUCGUCCAGCUCCUCCGAUUCCGACUCCGAGGGGGAGGGGGAGAGCGCCACAGCUGACCCCCAGGGGACGAGCAGGGCCAGAGGAGGGCCUCCCAGACCGCAGGCGUCCCGCCCCCUCGAAGAUGGAGCCCCCAGAAUCGCAGCAGUCGCCAAAGAGAAGCCCCGCUCGCCGCCGGAUGUCCCCCCUCCCGAGAGGCCCCGUCCGGUCAAGAAGAAAGGGGGCACCAUCAAGCCGCCAGAGGACAGAAAAGACACAAAACGCAAAACCACAACACCCAAGUCACAAGCAGAUAAAGAGUCUAUGAAGCAAAACGUCAAGGAAAAGCAAUCCCAGAAAAUUCUUAGAUCAAGUGAAACCGAUAAAGAAGGCCAAAAGCUGCCCAAAGCCGAAGAAGUCCUGCCUGCUCAUACCAAGUCAGGAUUGUCCACACAGCCGGCUGGCGGCCCAGCGCCCAUUCAGUGGAGGGAAAGAACCGGAACAGCGAGACCGCCGCCAGCCGCUCCUGAGGCCAGCGAGAGACACCGGGGCCAACACGCAGCGGAGCGUGGCGGGGAGGUGGCUUUCCCCCUGUUCAGCAAAGGAAAUUUGGGGGCGCAGGUGACAGAGGGAACCCUGAAGGCCUCGGGAGAGACUCUGGAAGGUCAGGUGCCAGUCCGAAGUUUGAAGCCGGUUCCUGCUCCUAGCGAAGGCAGCGAUUUCCAGGACAAGGCCGCGGGCCCAGAGCCUGAGGGCGGGGCCGGGAUGGCGGAAGACCCUGCCCCUCCAGGAGGGCCGGACGGCACCCAGGAGUCCGCUCACGCCACCAGCGCCUCCGAGCCACUGGACAGCGCCACCUACAAGAACCUGCAGCACCACGACUAUACCCCGUACACCUUCUUAGACCUCAACCUGGACCUGUCCAAGUUCAGGAUGCCCCAGCCCUCGUCAGGACGGGAGUCCCCUCGCCACUGAGCGCCCCCUUCAGAGAGUAACUUCCCCGUUGUCUGGGCUACAGAAAUAAAAUCCGCCCCGGUCGUGAGGCCUCGUGUGUGAUCGGUGUCCCUCGUACGGUGAACGCUGAGCUAGCGACCCUGCUCUCUGACCAUUGGUUCAACGGGCAUCAGAAACAUCUGUGCGCAAGGGGUUUUCCUCUCAUUGUAAAGCUGGGGUCCGCCGCACAGAUCGUAGCAUUAGAGAGCCGUUGGGGCUUUCCAUCAGCGUGUGUCCGCUGUGCCGAGUCCCUGGUCAGUUUAACGUCCGUCUGCUUUCCAGCCAGGUGCCCAUACGUGUGCUGAGGACUUCUGAUUUGGUAGACCUAGCUUCUGAUCAUCAAAGACAGGGUUUCACUGAUUUUAUCUCCUGUACUGCAAAGAGACUGAAACAUUAGGUUCUAGCACUUUAUCGUUAGAGAAGGAAUGGAAUCCUUUUCGUUCACCAGAAUUCAGUGUUUGAUGUAAACUCAGGCGGGAUGGGGGGGGGUUGAAGUUUUGUGGGGCCCAUCAGCAGCUCCGCCCCCGGAUGGCCGCGGCAGACUCCGGACCCCUCUGCUACGAAGGGUUUCUGGGUCGGCCAGGGCUCGGGAUAACGUUACUCACGCCUCGGGGCGUAAGCGGGGUGUGUCAGGCUGUGUGUUUGCACUCGCACCCUGCGGGGACGAGGUGAACUGUCUGCUUGGAGACCAGUGGAGGUGAGGUUACACCCCACCACGAGAGCGGAGGUGGGAGAUGCGUCCGUUUGUCAGGGCAGAAGUCUGUCUACCCGCUGGUGUCACAGCCGUGGUUUGCUUUGUUCUCACAUGGCCCUUGUUCCCGUGCCCGGACCCCAGGGCAUCACCUCCCUUCAUUUGCAUUCUGGUCCCUGGCCUCGAGUCUGCAGCACACAGUGUGGUGCAUGGAAUUCUGUUCCCACGUGUCUGUCACCCUAGUAUUGUCAUCAUCCACCUCCGAGUUUAUUACCGCCGAGGGAGACGCUUGGCGACUCUGCGAGCUUCUCCUGAUCGCAUUGUUUUAUCAGAAAAGUACCAAAGCCACAUUACCCAAAAGGGAGAAAAUGGAAAACCCCUAGGGCCACGGUGCCAGCCCCACAGUCACUGAUGUGUCACACACCUCCCCGGUGGUGGUGGCUUCAGAGAGGUCGCCCCACGACAUGCAGACGGUUCUCUCUCCUGCCGGCUGUGCCCAUGUGAUACCUGGCUUUGCAAACCGUGGCCCGCAGAACCUGUGCGGCGUGUGGGGCGCGGGGGGGGGGGGGCACAACCACGGUGCGUUUCCUGGACCGCACGUGCCGCAGGGGCUGGGGAUUCUCCCGACGGAACGAUCUGGAUGAAAAAAUUUUCAUCUGCAUGAAGUUUUUCCCUGGGAACCAGCCCUGUUAAAUUAUCCUCUCUCUCUGACCCCCAAAGCCCUCGCAAGCCGAUGGGGGCGGUUCCCCACCAAGUGUGGUUUGGGACCCGAGCUCGUCCCCGUGCUCUCUCCUAGCGCUGCCAGAAACAUCUGGGCGGCUGUAACUCCUGCCGUGUGUUGUAUUGUUUCCUUAAGAUGGAUUUCCAGAAACCAGUCUGAUGAAUCGCACGUGAUUCACAGACGUUGGUAUUGCUUCCGCUUCCACAAGGUUUUUAAAGCAGUUUAAUAGGUUCACGUUAAAGCAAUUAUCCCAUUUCCUUUUGUAUUUUCCCUGUCACCUGAACCCUGGCAUCUUUCUAGACAUUUGUUCUCUUACACCUGUUAACAAAUAAACACCCUCAGACUGGAGGGCAUUAUACACAAA